AUGACCAACCGAUUUUUCGUCCCCACACGCCUGUGUAUUGUUGUAGUACUCAUGACUGCCAUUUGGGCUAAUUGCCGGGCUGGGGGGUCAGACCUGUACGCGGUGGAGACCAUGCAUUCUGUAGCUUUGUGUCGGCUGCCAAAGGGUCGCAAAAUGGGUAGGCUCGUGUACAAGCGACCCCUGCGUAUUGUCAUGUUCGAGCCUUUUAUGCUUUCUAAAAAAGCCCAUUUCACUGGUCCUCCCGCCAAUCAGCCGAAGCCGGUUGUUAUGACGUCCUCAGUUGAGCAGACUGUACCUGUUGCUCGCUUGACUGUGCUCCAUUCUCUGUGUUUGUGUGCCUGUCUUUUCGCUUGGGGUGGCUAG